GACUGAGUCAAGCUCAGUUUUUCGUUUGUAGCCGACUUGCGAUAAGGAUUUAUGGGAAACAUAGUCCGGUUAGACAGCAUUCCAUGUAGAAAAAACAUGUGUGUUAAGCUUGCUGGGACUUAGUUACACACCCUAACCAGCGCGGAAAUCUACUCCAGAGUAAGACUAAGAUAUCUAUCGGUGGCCAUGUCUGCCCCACGGUCGUCUGUGUUUACAUUUGAGUCCACCGCUCAUUCCUCCCAUGUGCUGAGCUCCCUGGACGAGCAGCGGCGGCGGGACGUGUUGUGCGAUGUCACGGUGGUGGUGGAGGGCCAGAGUUUCAGAGCCCACCGCUCGGUGCUCGCUUCCUGUAGCGAGUACUUCGCGCAGAGGAUCCCCUCAUUCACACAACAUGGGGCAGUCGUCACUCUUCCCCAAGAGGUGACAGUCGCUGGCUUUGAACCCUUGUUGAAGUUUGCCUACACGUCCAAACUACUCUUUGGAAAAGAGGACGUCCUAGAAAUCCGAAACUCGGGGGUCAUUCUUGGCUUCAAAGACCUAGAUGAGGGAUGCUUUGAGUUUCUGCUCCCUAAGUUCCUCUCCACCACCGCCAAAGGCCCUCCUCCAUUUAAGAGAAAGACCUGUUGUAAAGAGAAGAGCAAGCGACCGCCUUCAGAGGAAAACAGCAACACAGACUCUGACAGCGUAUUGUUGGAUGAAAAAGAAGUACAACCAGUUGCUGAGUCAUCAUGCCAGCGGGAAGUGGUUCAGGACUGUAACAAAUCAGUGAACAACAAAGUGGGAAGUCAGAAGAGCACAGACACAAGUGCACUAGUAGCUGAGGGAACAAAUGACAGUUUUAUGCAGUGUCCAAAGUAUCGCAAGUUCCAGCUAGCUUGCGGGAAGGACGCUUCUGUCACAGAGAAGAGUCAGGUCAAAACAGCAGGGGUCAGGAAUGACUGUGUCAUCUCUGACUUGCCGUGUUCCAGCAGUGCAAACAGUAAGAAUGAAACCAAGGCUGAAAUCUCUGGAAAUUCAGUCUUAAGUGGCUACAGACAGAAUAAAGGAGGGACUGAUGAGCCAUGGAAAAUUCAAAUGAAUGAUGGGAAGACAGAGAACUGCUUGGGCAGAGCAACAGCUCUUAUGGUUAAGAAGGACACAAAUGAAGGAGGGGGCAAAUGGAGCGAGAAAGUACGAGAGAAUGAUAUUGAAAUGGACGAAGGGCUAGAGGGUGCAAGUGCAAUCGCCUCCUUGGAAAUAUCCAGUGUCCAGUCAGACUCCUCAGAGUCAAGCACAGUGCUCACUGAGAGGUCAUCAGGGUUAAUGCUGCACCAUGGCCCUCAAAGGGCCUUGAAUGAGGGUCCUGUAAUCUGUAGAUCACCGAGGCAGGAAAGGUUUUGUAUGGACAUUGAAGAAGUAAUAAGCCCUAUUGUACGAUGGCCAAUCUCCAGUCAAAAAAAGGCAGAGGAUAAGAUAGAGGGGAAGAGGGUAGAUAAUACCUUUCAAGAAGCAAGAAAAGAAGGAAGCAAAAAUGGAAGAGUAGCCUUGCCUGUAAAUAAUAUGACUGUGGAGAAGGAAAUGGCUGAGAGCCUGGCACGGCAUUUGGGAUCUGAUAUAGACCACUCUCAGCUCAACUUUCAUGACCCAGAGGGCAGAUGUCCCACCAAUAUAGGGGCCCGAUGCCCGCAGAGCACAUCUUUAGAGUGGCCGAAGCAUAACACCCCCAAAACAAGCUGUCCCCUUUUCCAGGAUCUAGACCAAAGGAAAUAUUCAUGGAAAGGAGAAGGGCUGUCUGAGUGUGAGGGGGCAUCUCAGUCAGGUGUGUCUUCCUUUAACUCGGGGGAGGACGGCGACUCGGAGACAGAAACAGAAGGAGACAGCGAGUCCUCCGCAAUAGAGAGGGCCAGGCAGGUGCAGCUGCCAUUCUCUGUAGACUGGCUAGUGGAGCUGAGCCGAAACGACUUCCAGCAGCUGCUAAAGCAACAUGCCUUUACGCGUGAACAGCUGGACUUUGUCCAUGAUAUGAGACGACGCAGCAAAAACCGCCUCGCAGCUCAGCGAUGCCGCAAGAGAAAACUGGACUGCAUAUAUAAUCUGCAGUGUGAAAUCAACAAGCUGAAGACAGAGAGGGAGAAACUGAUGCUGGAGAAGAGCCAGUUGAGCCAGCUAAAGUUGAAAACGUGUCACAGUGUUUCUGCUUUAUGCCAGAGGGUCUGCAGUGAAGCAAAUCUACAGCCAGAGCAGCUGCAGGUGUUAGCCAAGUACACCUCCCCAGACUGCCCUCUGUCCUCUUUCUGUCCUCACAUAGACACUCUUCUCUCACAGCAUGGGUUGCCACUCCAGCCAUAGGUGUUCACUGUGGGUUUUUCUGUGGGUGUUGAACAGUAUAUGACAAAUGAGGAAGCUCCAUGAAGUUCCAGCAGGGACACAGUCACUGGACAACAUUGACUUUAGAUACAGAACAAGCACACUGAUAUGGUGGAAUGAUGCGAUACAGGGUGUCAGAGGACUGCGGCUCCUGAGGUUUUUUUUAUUUCAAACUGAUUUUGAAGCCUUACUGUAACCCUUCUCAUACAUUAUCUGAGGGCCUUUACUGUGUAUUGUGGGCUGUGUGCAAGCUCCAGUAUGAAGCAAUGGCUUUGCCAAGUACGAUUUUAAUUGUAAUCGAAAAAUUAAUUUGCAAAUAGAGGACCACAAUCAACUGCAUUUUUAUUAACUACCCUUUGAUUGCCAAAUGUAUAUCGAGUGGGUGGGAAUGUGUUCCUUGUGUUUAAAAUCAUUUCGUUUGUCCACCGGUUAGAAGUCCUUCGAUGGUGUGCUGUAGCAGAUGGGUUUUUUAACACUGUAAAUAGCUUACUAUAGUUGAAUGUCUGGGGAAGCAAAGCAACACAGUCAGGGAGACAUUUAUAGUUUUAACCGUAAUCGAAUGGGGACAUACAUUUGCAACAUGCCUCACUGCCUGACUACCUCAGGAUGACGUGUACAUACUUUACAACACAGGUCUCAGGUGUGAACAAGACUAUUUGGCCAAAAUUACCUCUUGCAGAAGGUGUUGGUUCAGCCCUCUUACUCAGAGUUAAACACACAUCAGCAUUUUGCACCAAAACCACGCUACUCAACCAACAAAACAAAAAGGACUUGACAUAGUGUGGCAUGUUUACUUUUUGUCUGGCUCUCAGUUUUCUGGCUGUCAUUGUGGUUUUAUAUCAUCCGCAUUCCACAAUGACACAGCUCUUUUAAACUACAAACGCCUCUCACAGUUUUACUGUAACUCAGUGAAACACACCUCAGGAAUUUUAGCUGAGUCUUUAGCUCCACUGCGGGAACAAAGCAUGCCCAUCUGAGGAAAGGGUGGAAUUAAAAUAAUUGAACCAGCCUCCAUGUUUGUCUAACCUUUCAUUAAAUGGAAAUAUUGUAAGUUAUCCACAGCCGAUGAAGUUAUCUUUAUCGUUCUUAUCUAAAUUAAUGGAAAAGAUCAAUAAGCACGCAAUAAAUAACGCAAUGAUAGAUUCAGAUGUACAAACCGUUUUAUGGUUGUCUUUUAGACUCUAUUCUAGCAACUGCACUUUUUUUUUCUCUAUUCAGCAUUCAGGUUAUUAAUCUGCUUUUCUGUAGCGUUUAGCAUUUGUUGCUUUGCGGCUACUCUUCUGGUUUUUCUGUUCACCAUUUGCUGUUAUUAUAUGUUUGCCAUUUAUGAAAUUGUUGUCACUCAUAAUAAUCACCUGAGCGUAGCUGGACUUGAACUGAUUAGUGUAAAAUUUGAUUUGAACAAUAGUGUAAAUCAGAUAUGCUGAGUAACCACACUGCGUUUUCGAUGACUGUAAGCUUUGAGGGACAAUGACAAAACAAUCUUUUGCUUUCUCUUUCAAGCUGACUGCACACUGCACAAGAAAUGCGCAAUAACUUAGGUGUGUAUUGCCCUCUAGUGGCAGUAUGUGUGUUUAUGCAAUCAUUCCACUAAGUACAGACGAGUAGUUUGUACUACAUUGAGCUCUUCUAUUGAUUGUGUGUGUUUUUAAGCCAUGUACCAAAAGUACUGUUUCUUUCUAUGAACUUUUGCAAAUGCAUUCCCGAUUUUUCUUAUUUUUAGACCAUAUGUAAAAACAAAACAAAAACCCCCAAUAUUAAACUGAAUAAAGAAGCAUAAAGUUUCCCAAACAGUAAAAUAUGUUUCUUUGUCCUUCACUUUUAAUCCCAAAAAACAUCAGUAACGUUAAUGAGAUGUAGUAUUUCUUAGCAUGUAUGACAGAUAGCUGAGCUCACCGGGUCUUCAGAGGACUCAUCUUUCAAAUUGGACAGACAUAUUAAUGAUUUAUUACUACACUACAUUGUUAAUAUUACUCCAUUUAAAAUGUAGACACUCUCUACCACUUUGUCUCACCUCUGUGCUUUUUAAUCUCCUGCCUGAUCUUCCUUUGUUUUCCCCUCUUUCAUCACUGCCCCUUUUCCCCUUUUUUUCUCUGUCAGGAGGCUGAUUUAAUUAGCAGCGUCUUUAUGUCAUCUCUUAGUUUUCUUUUAUGUGAGCAAAAACAGCACCAUGUGUGCUGGAUGACUACAACACUGCACCAAGGUUUUUUAAUUGCAGUAAUAUCAGUCAUUCUCACAGCUUACUCAGGGUGAAAGAAUGUAUGAAAUUGGGCGCAAAAGGUCAAGUGGGUUAAUUUGGCCAAAUUGAUUGGGUGGGAACCAACAAACGAUAAGUUCCAAGGGCUUAAAGAUGAGGAAAUCACCUUAAGGCAGGUGGUCCUUAGCCUGGGAAAGAUUUGCUGGUAUUCACAAAAUGUGAUUAAGUUCAAAAUCCAGUCAUUCUCGAGUGGCUGCACUUUUCUUUCAUUCUUUCUCUUUGUCUGCAGAAAUUGGACAGCUUGGAAAUGCACUGAAUGAGUCAUAUUUGUAUAUGACCCCAGUUUAUUGCAAGUAAAGUUUAGGAUUUGUAUAAUAAUACAAAUGUAAUUCAUAUGAACUGUUUCACUUCUCGGUCACUAACUGGUAUCUGUGAGUCUUCAAGUAAAAGCAGCUGCAAUGUGCCUAACGUUACAAGAGGUGGCUCCACAUGAACAAUUCUUGGCAGUGACCACAGGGAGAAAGGCACUGUCAGAUCAUCAGACCAAGUCAUUUUUAUGAUCUCCAUACUUGUAACUGAUUUAUCAAACUUGUCACAUGAGAUUAAUUAAGGUAGCUGGUUGUGUGCUAAUAAAGUACAGAGCAAUCUGUUGUAAUCAGUGUGAAAUUUUAAAUGUUUUUUUUAAAGCAGUUCAGCGUGUCUGUUGGUUUACCUGCACUGACUCCUUGGUAACCUUUUGUUGCUGUAACAUUUAAGUGCUGUGUCUUUUCGAUCUUCUCUUACUACCAGCUUCUCUCUCUCUUCCUGUCUCACAGAGAAUAUAUGGACAUUUUCUGUAGGUGGUUCUUUGGCAGAGCCCAAGAGCCACACAGUGUGCCUUAAUGUGCUCAUGAUUCCAAAUUCCAGAAAUCAAGAGGUAAUCUACCCCAUCUCU